UCGUUGUCAUAAUAGUAAUAUUCUAUAUUUAACGAGGGUUUCCCAUUUUCCAGGGAAGGUUGUUAACGAACUACGCUGAGGCACAUCUCAGUUUAAGAUUGAAAGUGUCUAAGACGACAGCAAUAGAGACUUGGUUAAAAGAUCGUCGGCCAUUUGCAGUGGUUUUAGUACGUCAAAUCAAUCAAACGUGUGCGCUGUUAUGGAGGACUAUAGUUAUCUCUUCAAGAUUAUCCUUGUUGGUGAUGCAAAUGUCGGUAAAACCUGCCUCGUUCGACAGUUUACAAAGGGAUAUUUUCCCCCAAACCAAGGUCCUACGAUCGGUGUUGAUUUUACAAUAAAAACAGUCGAAGUUGAUAACGAAAAAGUAAAGUUGCAGAUUUGGGAUACUGCAGGACAAGAACGAUUUCGUUCAAUUACACAAAGUUAUUAUCACAAUGCUGAUGGUGUUAUAAUAACAUACGACAUCACAAAUGAGAAAUCUUUUGAGAGUGUACCACAAUGGAGUGACGAUGCUAACAGAUACACCAGUAAAGAGGUAUUAAUGGCAAUUGUGGGAAAUAAAAGUGACUUGGCAAACACUAGCCGAAAAGUAAACUUUAAAUGUGCUGAAGAACUGGCUCAGAAAGAGAACACUGUGGCCUUGGAAACAUCGGCAAAAGAGGCCAACAAUGUGGAUCUUCUUUUCAUGAGUCUAGCAACUCAUCUUAAAAGAAAUGUAAAAAGCGAAGACAGGUUUGAGGGACGAACUGAACGAGACACAUCCAAAGAUGGACUCAUAAAUGGUAUUAGCCUCAGUCGACAUAAUAUCUAUCCCAGAGGACCCAUAUCAUGUUGCAGGGUAUAAAAUCAUAUCAGAGGCAUUAUAAUUGCACUCAAGUGCCUGGCGUUUUAAUACUCUUCAUAUAUAGUCUAGUUUUGUAGUUUUAAAAUAUAAAUUUCACACAACAGAGGGUAUUGUUAUAAUAUGUCAUUUAUUAUAGUCAUGAACGCAUACACAUAUAUAUGUAUACAUACUGACAGUUUUCUACUGCUACAGAUUGCAUUAAAAGGAGU